AGUCAAAGAGACAGAAACAGGAGUACAGGACCGUUAGUUGAGCCUAAGGAAGAGAAGAGAGCUGCCGGAGCUGAGUUGAAGUUUACCGCGAAAGAAAUUGAGACUUAAUUUGUUAUUUGCGAUGAACCUCUAUCGUAAUUACUCAUUUCUGGACUUGGGAUUUAAUGAUCCCACUUUCAUCGAAUCCCUUUCGCUUUCUCGCACUUCGUCGAUCGUUGACGACGAUGAAUUACAGCCGGCGUUGAUUUCUUCAUUGCUUGACAAAGCUAGCAAAAGUCUAAGGAGUCCACCUAAGCAUCGGCACGACGGCACCUCGCCGCUUCCGUUAGGGAUGGAUUGGAGUCCUCCCCCUCGCGUUUGGGAUGGACAUGAUACUAUUUGGCCACAUGAUUCUCAUACAGGAUGGAGUUACUGUGCCACUAUUCCUUCUUGGACUAUCUUGUCACGCCCAAGAGGUUCAGCUACUGUAGUGUUGUACAGGGUUCAAAUUGGUAUACAAUCACCUGAUGGAUUCACAACCACGCGAGAGAUACUACGAAGAUUUAGUGAUUUCUUAAAGCUAUCUUCAGAGCUGAAGAAAGAAUUCCCAAAGAAAAAGUUGCCCCCCGCUCCUUCAAAGGGGCUUCUGAGAAUGCGAAGCAGUGCGCUUUUGGAAGAACGUAGGUGUUUAUUGGAGGAUUGGAUGACGAAAGUAUUGUCUGACAUCAAGUUAUCAAGAAGUGCUCGCAUAGGGAUCUUUCUUGAGCUUGAAGCAGCUGCAAGGUCAUCAUUCACUGAAUUGAAUCAGAACGCUGCCGAUGUGAAUUCAUCCAUCAGCGUAGUUCCAUCGAUCCAAUUCUCAAAUAGUUCAGAUGUUUCUUUGCUUGCUGGUCAAUCAUCAUUUGCUUCUGAUUGCGGCAAUGAUUCUGCUUAUGGGACCCCUGAGCUGGGAUCACCAACAGAGGGCAUGAGCAGGUUCCGUGAACUUGACAGCGCAGCAUUUUACCAGGGUUUCACCCCUUCAGUUGAAGCAAUUUCUGAAGUUUCCAGGUUAAAACAUGGUGAUAGCAAGCCAGCAAAAGAUUCUGAACAAGGGAACCAGGAGAAUCGUUUGAAAAUGCCUUACACAGGAGAUACCGCUGACGUUUCCGCCAAGAGAAUCAUAGAUAAUGCUCAAGUCAUAUGCAAGGAUGAGAUGGAGCUUUUCUCCGGGAGAGAAAUUCUUACAACUUUUGGCCAUGAUAAACAGACUCUUGAAACUGACAUUUCUUCAGAAAGAAUCUCUGACCUCUCAAAUUUCCUGAAGCUUGAAGCAUUGAGGAAUACCUCAUAUGUCUCGGCUGAAGGUGCUGAACUUUUAGAAGGACUAAAUGCACCGGCAAGCUCCGACUUACAGUUCCCCGGCCACUUAAAAGUUGUUAUUCAAUUGGAAGAACAAACUAAAAUGGAUAGGAUUCUUAGUGCUAUGCAACUGAGGCUGGCCACAGCAAAAACUGACAUGGAAGAUCUCCUGAUGAGACUGAAUCAAGAACAUGCUGUAAGACAGUAUCUUGCCACAAAGGUUAAAGAUUUGGAAAUUGAGCUUGAAUCUCUAACACAGAGUGGCAAAGAGAACCUGCAGCAAGCAAUUCAAAUGGAGAGGGAAAAAUUUACUCACAUGCUAUGGGAUAUGGAGGAACUUAGAAGAAAGUGUGUGGAGAUGGAAUUGAACCUGACGUCUGAACAGGCUGACAAGGUUCAAAUGGAAUCAACUCAAAGAAUCACAAUACAAGAGAAUGAAAGACUGUACGAAGAGUUGAAUGCUGCUCAACAGCAGAUCAAUAGCUUGCGGAAACACCAUUUGGAGUCGGAGUCAAAGUCCAAAGCAGAGGUCAAACUUUUAAUCAAGGAGAUUAAAUCUCUAAGAACUUCCCAGACAGAACAGAAGCAAGAGCUCUGCAAAUUGGCAAAAGAGAAGGCAGAAGUAGAAAGGAUUCUACAGGAGGAAAGGCAAAUAAGGGAAUGUGCUAAUGCUGCAAAUAUUAAGCUGCUGCAUGAGUGUGAAAUUGUUCGCAGUAGACUUGAGGAAUGCAGCGUCAGUUUCCUCAUCGAGGAAGAAAAUAAACUGGUCCUGGAGGCAUCUAGCCCUUCUGAUGCCAUUGAUAUACUGUCAACAUCUGAUAAUCGAAUAGGUUUACUUCUUGCUGAGGCCCAGCUGCUUGCAGAAGAUGUUGAAACUACUAUUGCUAGUAGAAAUCUUGAUGGAGGUUAUUCAAGGACAGCAGUGGAUGAAUUGAGGAAACAGCUAGCUGAUGUUUACGUUGACAAUGCCAAAUUGAGGAAACAGAUGAACUCUGUCAUUCGUUAUGCACUUCAAACAGCUAAUAGAUUGAAGGACAAUGAAGAAGAAAGCCCUCCAACAAAGACAGCUCUUACGAAGUUUUUAGAGGGAUAAUUUAUAAAAUGCAACACACGUAUCUAUAACCUGUAAAUAAGCUUGUUUAAUUUCUCCUCCUUUCUCUUCUACUUCUCUAAUAACCUUGUAUAUAUGGCUUACUCCUUCCCCAUCAUGUAAUCCUGACUAAUUGGAAAAUUGCAAUUGAAGAUGUAAGUUUGAAAUAA